GGAGGCAACGUAAAGCGAGCCUGAGCACUGUGGGGCACCACUUUGUACGGCAACUGAAGGCCGGGGAUGGGCAAGGGUUGAGGAAUCCAGACUAGGCUUGCGAGAGCGUGGGAGGGCGGGCGUUUUUUGCCCGGUGAAGUAUUUCCGCUUCCUCUGGGCCCCGUCGUUUUUGGUUGGACCGGUUUGUUGCAAGGAGGGGGAAGAUUGUUUGCAACCUAGGAGCUCUGCGCACGGGAAGCUCCCCAGAGACGCUCAUCCUGCAGCCUCUACUCGGGCCCAGCCUCCUCUCUCCAGCUGACACAACAGCCUGGAGGCGUCUGCCUCCACCCUCCCGAAUGGUGCUCCUCUUCGCAGGCCUCGGCCCAGGAUCCAGGCCCCCUUUGCCCCCUACCUUGGAGCUGUUGCUCCAGAUCUCUCUUGGUGGACUCCCCCUGGAGCAGAGGGAAAAACUUUUGCACAGACAAGGUUUUAGCUCUAGGAACCCCACUGACAACUUGAAUCUCAGCCUAUAAUAGAGUGUGUGAGGUUCUUCCUGUGCUCCCUUUCCCAUUCUUUUGAGAAGAGAAACCCUUCUCCUUACCAUCUAGAGCCCAGGAAGCCCCAAGCUGGGGCCCUGGUCCCAGCAUGUCAGUCCUCUCUUGUGCAUAGGGCUCUGCCCUCUCCCCGUCAGCAUGGCUGAGCUCAGACAGGUUUCAGGAGGGCGGGAGACCCCACAGGGGGAGCUGCGGCCUGAGGUUGUAGAGAAUGAAGUCCCUAGGAGCCCAGUUGCAGAGGAGCCUGGAGGUGGAAGCAGCAGCAGUGAGGUCAAAUUGUCCCCAAGAGAGGAGGAAGAACUGGAUCCUAGAAUACAGGAGGAGCUGGAGCAUCUGAACCAGGCCAGUGAGGAGAUCAACCAGGUGGAACUGCAGCUGGAUGAGGCCAGGACUACUUAUCGGAGGAUCCUGCAGGAGUCGGCGAGGAAGCUCAACACACAAGGUUCGCACUUGGGGAGCUGCAUCGAGAAGGCUCGGCCCUACUAUGAGGCUCGGCGGCUGGCUAAGGAGGCCCAGCAGGAGACCCAGAAGGCAGCACUGCGGUACGAGCGGGCUGUGAGCAUGCACAAUGCUGCUCGGGAGAUGGUGUUUGUGGCAGAGCAGGGCGUCAUGGCUGACAAAAACCGACUGGACCCCACGUGGCAGGAGAUGCUCAACCAUGCUACCUGCAAGGUGAACGAGGCAGAGGAGGAGCGGCUUCGAGGUGAGCGGGAGCAUCAGCGGGUGACGCAGCUGUGCCAACAGGCUGAGGCUCGGGUCCAGGCCCUGCAGAAGACUCUCCGGCGGGCCAUCGGCAAGAGCCGCCCCUACUUCGAGCUCAAGGCCCAGUUCAGCCAGAUUCUGGAGGAGCACAAGGCCAAAGUGACAGAACUGGAGCAGCAGGUGGCCCAGGCUAAGACCCGCUACUCAGUCGCCCUGCGUAACCUGGAGCAGAUCAGCGAGCAGAUUCAUGCACGGCGCAGGGGCCUGCCUCCCCACACCCCAGGCCCGCGGCGUUCCUCCCCCAUAGGGGCUGAAGCGGGGCCAGAGGGCAUAGAGGAUGGGGACAGCGGGAUCGAGGGGGCUGAGGGUGGGGGGCUGGAGGAGGGCAGCAGCCUGGGACCUGGCCCUGCCCCCGACACGGACACGCUGAGCCUGCUGAGCCUGCGCACUGUGGCCUCUGACCUACAGAAGUGUGACUCGGUGGAGCACCUGCGGGGUCUUUCAGACCACGCCAGUCUGGACGGCCAAGAGCUGGGACCCCGGAGUGGUGGGCGCCGGGGCAGUGAUGGUGGGGUCCGUGGGGGUCGCCACCAGCGCAGUGUCAGUCUGUAGCCUAGUAACCAGGGCUGUUGGCUUGACUCUCCACCGUGGGUCAGUCAGGGCCCACAGACUUCUCCCAAUCCUCUGGGGUCCUCUUGUCCCUGAGGUCCCCUUCUCCAGUGCUUUUCUGGGAGUGGUCAGCUGUGUCUGAGUCCUCUGUGUCUGCGCUGGCUUUCUCAUAGUCUCUGCCUCUCCCCUCUCCCCUCAAGAGGCAGCUCUCUCUUUGCCUUAUCCAUUUGGAAGGCUUGCUCUCUGGUAAGGCUUGCUCUCUGGCGUUCUCAUCUUCCUCUCCUCCUGCUGGUUCCUCUCAGUCUGUCCCGUACCCUUUGCUUUCCUCUUUCUGUCUGACCUCCCUCCUUCCAUCUGUCUGGCUUUUCCCCUCAGGGAACUUGGUCUAGAAGGCACAGGGAAACUCAGAGAAAAUGGGUAAUGGGCUUGAGUGAACAGAUGGACAGGGUCCCCUCCUGUUGGUCCCUGGCCUGCCCACUUUCCCAAGGCAACUCUCAAGGGUGCCCUAGGUAUGCUGCUGAGCCCUUCUGGCAGCCCUGUGCCCCUGUCCUGUCCUAGCCACCUGUGUGUAACUUGUAAGAUGAACUGCGUGCCUCUGGAAGACACCACCCUUCCCUUCAGCACUCCCCUUCAUGGUCUGAGCCUCUGCUUCUGUACUUCAAAGCAGAAGUUGCAGGAUGCCAGUGUUAGGGAGGGGAACUCAGUCCUAUUGUCAACAUAGGGCUCCUGUGUGCAUGGCUUUUCCCCAGCUGGACUGGGUCCUUAACAUUGCCAAGGUGCUAGUGGGUCCCUAACAGGGUUCAUGUGGGGCAGAGAUGUGAGGAGGUCCUGAAGGCCAAGGCCUCUGCCAGUCCUGCCACCUUACACUCUUGCUUUGGAGUUGGGUUUAUUUUUCUGGGUAAAGGAUGCUGAACUGAAUCUCAGCACCCUCUUGCAGGGUGGGGUUAGGGAAUUUGGUGCUCAAUUGCUCUCCCUUGCUCUUCCCCAAAUUAAACAGUACCUACUCCAGGAUUCUUCAUGGAAUGCUCAAGCUUGGCUGCCAAGCCUCUUACCUCCACUGGUGCGGAGGAGGAGUCAUUCUGAUGUGAGGGGUCCUACCCUCCGCAGGGAGCAGCUCCAGGUGCCUGGCAGUGAUGCCAGGUGGUGGGGUUGUGGGGAAGCCACACCAGAUCUGGGGUCUUGAGAGAGCUGGUCUUCCUGUCCCAUCCCGGGAGGGAAGAAGGCCUAGGCCUGUGCACUGCUGCAAGUUACUGGGGAAGGAGUGAGCCUCUGCACAGGUGUCUAUUUUCAGGUCAAGGGAGGGUGGUCACAAUGAGAACCUCUAGGUUUGAGGUGGCCGUGGGUGGAAAGGAGAAAGGGAGGAGUGUGUGUGUGUGCAUGUGCUGGUGUGUGUGGGGUAAAUGGUCUGCCCUGUUUUUAUUUAAAUAAAGUAGUUUAUGUAACAGUAAUGUUUACUGUCCUUGAUGGAGGAAGGAAAAGGGGCAAAGAUGGGGGGGUGCAAUGAGGGCCCCUUUAGAUGGGAUGGUCAGAAAAAAGAGGUGAAGGACCAGCUGGAGUGAGCCAGGCUAUGGGAGGAGAGGAAGAAAGGAGUGCGUGCUCUUGGGGUGGUAUGAGGCUUCAUGGCCAGGGUGAUCAUGCACAGGGCAAGUGAAGAUAAGCCAGAGGAUUUGGUGCCCUGUGGGGCUGUGCUGUGAGGUGAUGGGUGCCAGUGGAGUACUUGGCAUCGAGAGGCAUGCAGGGUGGAGUGUAUGCUGUUAGAACCAAGAGAUGAGGGUGCCAGAGGGGUAGGAUCUUGUAUGUGUCUGGACAUGAGCUUGAAGGAAAGGGAGGGAUAAAAGUAGAGAAGCUGGAUUCAUCAAAUAAAGUUUCAGACAAUAACUUUUGACCACUGCAGUGUUUAGGACAUAUAAGUUACCCAUUGUGUAUCUGAAACAAAUUUAACAUAGAUAAAAGGUGUCUCCCAAGUUGAAGGUCUUGACUAGUUGAGGGGUGGCAGGGGUUGAAUGCAUCUGGGCUCACUGGUGAGAGAUGCCUGUGAAACUUCUGAUGGAAUCAGGUCGGGGAGGGGUAUGAACUUCAGAUUCCCUGGAGGUGAACAGCAAAAGGCUUUGGCCUGAGCCCCAUCUGCAGUAGGCCAGCAUUUAGAGCUGGGUCGAGGGGAGGGGUAAGCCAAGGGAAGGAGAAGACGUUGUCUGGUUGGAGGGUUGGCCGUGGAGGACCAGGAGGGGCCAAGAAUUGGAAGGACACAAGCAAAGCAGUGACCCCGGUGACUUUACAUGCCAAAGGGACCAUCAGGAGCCACUAUGUUCAAAGUACUCUGUAUGCCAUUUGACAGGUGAUGUACAGUUCUUUGAGCCCACCUUCCCUGACCUGGCAAAUGGGUGCCAAAACGUUUCCUUUAUUACUAGAAAAGCUGCUAUGAAAAUGUGUAGUUUAUGUCUGGGUGAAUAGGCUAUUUUAGAAGAACUUUUUACUUGUAUAUAUUUAAGGUGAACGGCAUGAUAUUUUGUUUUAUGUAAUGAAAUCGUUUCUGUAGGCAAACAAAAUUAGCAUAUCCAUCAUUUUGCAUAGUUUCCUCCCCCUUUUUUUAUGGUAAGAGUACCUAAAAUCUACUCUCAGCACAUUUUCAGUAUACAAUAUUAUAUGAGAAUACUAAGGAAGUUUGUAGAAAAACAGAAUUAAAAGUUAUGAAUCUUUCCAUGAA